AUGAUAUUAACUUUGUUCGCUGGGAUAAUUAUCCUGCUAAUAUACUUGGCUGCUGUAAACAAAUCACUGGGAUUCCGGGAGAUUUUGGUUGAAGUUCUUCUGGCUAUUUUUGAAUGGGGCUCAAGGCAACAGGAUUCUCAGGGCGAGUCCGAUAGUGGCAAUCAUGAAGUUCAGCAUCCGAAUUCGCCAAACCGACCUCGCAGCCAUUCGGAAGCUAACAGCAUAAUUAUGCAUGAUAAGACAGAGUCGAUUGAGCAGAAAUUAAGGAAUGUUUCCGAUUCUGAACAGAAAAUAAGUACGGUGAAGCUCGUAGUUGAUGAUUCUUUCGAUUUCAUAACAGUGAGUUUCAUAUAUCGAGUUUUCCAAAUUACACUCCUGAAAUCACUUGAAGCAAAUUUAUUUCUAUUCUUUCAGGCUGGUGUGGAAUCCAUCAUUGAGGAUCAAGUAACGAGCAGGUUUAAGGCGGAACAGUUACCGUCUUGGAAUUUACUAACGAGAACAUGUUUUGGCUUUCAACACAUUAGUAAAAAAUUGACCGCUCUUUGGUUUACUGGAUUUCUUAUUCGCUACCUAAUUUUGCUGCCUGUUCGUUGCACUCUUUUUGUAGUUGGUAUAUCAGUACUUCUUAUUGUUACUUACUUGAGUGAAAAGUGUAAAAAUAGCAGAGUUAAAAAAUGGCUAAGCGAGAAUGCUAUGCCUAUUUGCAUGCGGAUUAUGUGCAGAACUUUUUCAACUAUUAUUCGUGUACACAACAGCGAGAAUCGAGCAGAACAUGGAGGGAUUUGUGUUGCUAAUCAUACUUCACCUAUUGAUGUGAUGAUUCUUAGCUGUGACAAUAAUUAUGCCAUGGUGGGCCAACGGCAGGGCGGGUUCUUAGGAUUUCUUCAAACGACUCUUAGUCGGACUGGAGACCAUAUCUGGUUUGAACGUACUGAAGCAAAUGAUCGAGCCAAAGUCGGUGAAGUUGUCUAUCCUAUUGCAAUGAAGUAUGACGCAAGGCUUGGGGAUGCCUUUUGGAAUAGCAGUGAGCAGUCUUAUGGCGAAUACCUUUUCAGAAUGAUGACAUCAUGGGCUAUUAUAUGUGAUGUAUGGUACUUACCUCCAAUGCGCCGACUGGAAAAUGAAGAUUCUAUUCAGUUCGCACUGCGGGUGAAGAAGGCAAUUGCAAAGAAAGGAGGAUUGAUCGAAUUAGACUGGGAUGGUGGUUUAAAACGUUCCAAGGUUCCACAUAAACUGGUUGUACAACAUCAAAAGCGUUACUACGAUUGGUUGUCUAGGAAAACUUCAGUUGGCGUAAGGCCUCCGGACCCUGAAGCUGAGAAUGGCAAGCAGAGGCACGUAACGAGGUUGCCCGAUCAUAAGGAGGAAGACGAAAGUAUUGAAAAUGAGACUGCUUCUGCCAAACAAGAACGCUCUGACAGCAAUAAAGUUAGCUUACUACCAGAGGUAGGAUUUGAUGGCUCUCAUACUACUGCAGAGCUGACUCUGAAGAAGGCGACUCCAGAAGCGGAAGGCGUUUUUUUGGAAAACCCACUGGUUUCAGAAGUAUUGGGUGACACAAAAGAAGGAGAGGCUCAGUUACUUCAUAGGGUGAAAAGAGAUGAGAAUACGUCGUAA